GUUUGUGUGUAGGUACGAUAUACACGGCAACUUUUGUGGUAACUGCAAAAACAUUUACGACUCGCCUUUCUCAAGUGAAUGCUGUUCUGCUUGUUACAUCCGUUGUAGCAGCUGGGUUAGCUCCAUUGAUUCAGAAAUUGGUGGAUAAUUACGGUUGGAGAGGUGCAAUUGCUAUCGUAGCUGCAGCUCACUUGCAUGUGACGGUUGCAUCCUUCCUGCUGAAUCACAGAGUUGGCAAAGUUGAGUUGGAUCCCGAGGAUACUGAAGAUGAUUAUCAAACUGACCUAGAAAAUCAUUAUAAAAACAUUCAUGGAUUCUUUAAGAAAACAUUGAAACGUCUUCAUCUGGAAGUCUUCAGCAAUAACCGUCAGUUGCUAGCAUUGUGUCUGUCUGUAAUAAUCGGAGGCCUUACUCUGACGUCAUUUUGGUUGUUUUUCGUUCCAUAUGCUGUAGACUCAGGCAUCUCUCCUAUUGACGCCAGUGAGAUUUUGUUGGCAUCAGUCAUUUCAUGCGUUUUGAUUAGACUUUGUCUAUUUUUAUUUGGUGAUAUUGACGUUACUCUGUUAAUAAAAAUAUUUGCAGUUGCACAGUUAUUCGAAUUAACAUCGUUUUCUAUAUUUGCAAUUGGACAUAGUUUUUUGAUAUUUUAUAUCAGCUCAGCUUUUCACGGAUUCGCGUUUGGAAUGCUAUGGCACGGAUAUGUUACUUUGGCGACUAAGUUUGUUAGAAAAACAAAUGAAAUAGAUGACGCAAUUUCCUGGAUAUUGUUGGCAGAAGGAGUAGGAUCGAUAUCAUCAGCAAUUGUAGGUUUCUCUGUCAACAGUUACCGUCUCGGUUUUCAAAUAGGCUGUGGCGUCCAAUUAAUUGCGGUCGUAUUGGUAGUAUACAUACUUAUACUGCAGAAAAGAAAGCUGAACAACAUCUGAAAAAAUGCGUUUGUAAAGAAUAUGAAGCCUCCUUCUGACCAUAAAUAAGGAGAAAAGCGUUUUAUCUUCUGAAGGUUUUUCUAGGUGGAACACAAUGACAUCUAUUUGUUGAUAGAUCAUUUUUGUGCUAAGUUCCAUGCCUGUGGAAUUGUCUAACAUAACCGAAGACGCUAUUCUCUGCAAUAAAGAUUAUCUGUGAAGAUUA